GCGACAUAGUCGUGAUUCUUCUCAUUUUGCAUCUUCUUUGGGCAAAGUUUCUGGAUAUCGCGCGCAACUUCAACCCCUCAUUUUCAACGCUUUCUGUGCCUUUGACUCACACCUGCAGCUCACGUGCACCCCAUCUUCGAACAGUCCGAGUCGCAGUAAAUAGCAAACAGAGAAUGGCCGCCGCGAUGCCUGAUUUCCCCAAGGAUUCCUCUCCACUCUCUCUCCGCCUUUGUUACCGUCAUCGUCGUCGUAAUCGCGAGUUCUUUGUGCCUUUGCCUGAAUUGAUUUGAGCCCACUUGAUGACAUAUUUGCCGAAAUGCAUCUACAGUGCGAUACAUCGCACCCACAGCUGAAGAGAACUGUCUCCGGCGAGAGUCGCGGGAGUAGUGGCAGCAAAGGGAGCAAUGUCUCCUCUGCCUCGUCCAACCGGACACUUCUCUUUGGAGAGAUUCCUAGUCCGGCCAGCUCGAUAGCCGACGACCUGAAGACUUACCGCUCGACCAGCUCGAUAUGCAAUCUUGUCAUGUCGACAAGCCCAGCUUUCCAGCGAUUCUGGAUGACUGAGUCCACGCGGGAAAGCUUCCUGGGACACUGCGCUGCGGAAGAACUCAGCAGCCUUCGACUCGUCUGUCACGACUUUGGGGCCAGAGCGGCGCCUUUCUUGUUCGAGGACUUGACUAUCACGUUUAAUUCCAGGAGCUUUACCAAGCCGGCGCGCAUUCGGGCACUGGACAAGAUUGGCAAACAUGUCAAGACCGUCACGUUCCAUAUGCCUCAUUCGAACCAGACGUUUCUUCCUCCCUUGAUCGAUGCUAUGACUGGAGGAGAGAAAGCAUUCCAUUACGAACCACAGCUUCAAAACAACCCAAAGGUGCCGCGCUACGGCACAUGGGAUAUGACCGAACUUCUACUCCAGCAGUAUCCCUCAUUGUUCCAUGCAGCUACAAAUGUCCCUUCCUUUGUUCGUGCCUUCUCAGCCAUGCCUGGCUUGCAACAUUUGAAGGUCAGUUGUCCAGGCCAGGAGCCGUUUUACCACUAUCGCAGAGACAUAGUCGACUAUGCACUUAUCUCGUUGCGCAUUGCGAUUGAGCGAGCGCCCUUGAAGGAGCUGAACACGUUGUCUUUCCUGCCAAUUCACGCAGCUGGUCUUCUUUACAUGCAGCCCGGCAUCGGGUUUGGCGCGACUCCAACUGGAACCCGCCGCUGGUCCCAGAUCAACAAGCUUGCCAUCCACAUGGAAAGUGUUUCAAACGAACGGUCAACCCAGACAGACCACUUGCGCAUGCUGCAUUCCUACUUGCGCUUCUUCGCGCCGCACGUGCGACGUCUGCUCUUCCGCUGGCGCGACACGCGCGGCCCCUCGCCCUUCUCCCUAGAUCACGAGCCAUGCAUGCAAGGAUCCGCUGCCAGCGCCCGCGAGACAGACGGCAACGGCCAUCAUCUCAAGUCUCUCAAGUUUCCCCAGCUCAAGUACAUGGAGCUGGAGAACGCCAUCAUGGACUCGAGCCAGAUCAGCCGCUUCAUCCACCGUCACCGACGCGUCCUGGCCGAGUUCAACUUCGAGGACGUCCAUCUUCGCACGGGCACCUGGGACGAGGCGCUCGCGCCGCUGUCGCGCAUCGCUGGCAACGAUGACUGGCGUCGCAAGCAGGAGGAGUUUAUGGAUGUGCCUAUUGUAUUCAGCCCCGUCGACGAGGAACCGCGCAUCUUGGGUCCGCUGCUCGAAGAACAUGUUGAGCGGCCACGUGGUAUGACGCUGUCGCGCUGGCUAUCAAAGUCAAAGUCCAGCGCGUCGGCGAAGCGCGCAAAGGAGCAGUUCUGGGGCAGCUCCGAGCACAUGAAGAAAUUCCUGAGAGCCUCCCUCUCGCCGUGGAGAUGAGGUGGCUAUUCCAGGCGUUCUGUUCUGGUGAUAAUCAUGGUGUCCUUGCUGGCAAUGACACGGAAAAUGCAUACGCGGGGUAUAGGUGUUAUUAUGGGGUCUGGUCAAGCGCGAUACCCUCGAGAUCGAGAAUGACGGAGGAAUGGCAACCCCGUCGUGUCUCUCUCGGUGCAGCGAUCGUUGUGGUAUGGGUGGAACGUAUCUCUUUUAAAAUAUAGUCGACGGCAAUGGCGACGACGACGACGAUGCUGAUGAUGAUGAUCUCUCACGAGUUAUACAUCCUUACGAUCUUUAUGUUGCACGACAACGACUUUUCUUUGCAUAUUUUUAUUCUUACCUAUAUUGAUUGCCUCAAUACAUAACUACAAUGAACCAACCGAAGC